AGUCCGCCGCUGCCAGGACCCAUCAAUGGGCUUCCGAUCGAUAUCCUACAGCAGGUGCUGAAUGUAAGUUCCAUCUUCGAUUUUGAUGCUUUCAUUCUGAAGAAUGUGUCACGGACUAAUGGUUGUUGUAGACUCCUCUCCGGGGUGCGCCACGAGUGCAGUUCGAGCUCCCAGACAUCGGGCCCGCGAACAAUAUCCCCGACUUCAUAAAUAGGGCCAAGCUAACCCUCCCAGGCUGGGAAUUCUCGACGCCGGUGUUGAGUUUACCUACUUGGAGUACUCCGUUCAAGUUCUUCCCCCAUGGUUCAGUCACAAGUACCGCAGGAAACCUGGCCCACAUGAUGGGAAGCACCGCCGGUAUUUUUGGCUUGGGACUUUUCGGUUUUGCGCUCAUUGGACUUGCUGUCGGCUUGCCCCUUGCUCUCCGGCGCCACGAUGAUGACAAGAAUGAUGGAAAGAAUGAACAGAAGACCAAUGAAGCCAUUGUGCAAGCAAUGAAAGCACUCGAAAAGGCGAAGGACGAUCCUCACUAUCUUGUCCAGGAACUCAAGGACAGGCCAGAGUAUGGGAACUUUACACAGAGACUUUACACCUAUACUCCACAGAUCCUUAUGGGCUACGAAAACGUCGAAAGCAUCGGUUCGGGGCGGUUCGCAUCAGUCAUGAAAGUGCUCAUGGACUCGGACUUGGCACUCCAGGUCAUGACCAGCAGGUCAGCCAUGCAGAUGAGUCUCGAUCUCCUUUGUACACAAGAGGGACCCGAGGUUUGCAAACGACUCAACGCGAUCUCGGAUGCAGUCGCUGGCCGGGAUACGACAGAUGACCCAAUUUGUAAGUGAAUAUCGCGCCCCCUGAGAAGCUUGAAGCAUUAGAGUUUGGCGUCAUCGACGUGGGAAUUUGUAUCCUGACCUAUCUUCUCAACAGAUCGUUUCGUUGCCCAUCAAGCAGCGUUACGUACGAUAGACGUGAAGGCGAAUGGAGAAGAGAAGGCCGGCAAC